AUGGCGUUCAAAAUGGACCUUGAAGAAGGGAUGCACUUUGGAAAAGUGAAAGUGGCAGGAAAGAGAGAAGCUCCAGGUGGCAAUACAGACUUUGUCUUUAUCGUUGAGAAACUCCUGGAUAAAGACCAGCAAAGAGAAUCUAUGGUGUUUGGUGACUUGAGAGGGAUAUUCAGUGUGUGUGGGGACAGGCGGCAUCAUUGUCCACAUCUUCCUACUAAGAUUUUUGAUAGAACCGAGAAACCAUGUCUUCUCUCCGAAUACACCGAGAACUACCCUCUGUAUCACUCGUACCUGCCCAGAGAGUCCUUCAAGCCCAAGCUGGCGUACCAGAAAGGGUCCAUACCAAUGGAAGGCCUGACCACAUCGAGGAGAGAUUUUGGGCCUCACAAAGUGUUACCAGUGAAGAUCCACCAGCCUGACCACUUUGUCCCAAGUAAAGAGAAUAUGGAUCUGCUCACAACGUAUAAACAAGACUACAACCCCUAUACUGUCUGUCGAGUGGACCCCAUCAAACCUCGGGACAGUAAAUAUCCAUGUGGUGACAAGAUGGAGUGUCUGCCUACUUAUAAAGCUGAUUAUUUACCCUGGAACCAACCAAGACGAGAGCUGCUUCGUCCAGAACACAACUCCUGGUCAGAAUCAACUAGGUUUGAUAGUAGAACCACACACCAGGAUGAUUACUGUAUGAAGGGCCUUGUGAGCACCAUGAGCUGCAAGCCACCAGUCAUGCCCAAGGUCUGUAACAUCCCCCUGGAGGAUCUGACUAACUACAAAAUGAGCUACGUGGCCCACCCUAUGGAGAAGCGCUUUGUGCAUGAGGCGGAGAAGUUUAGAGCCUGUGAAAUACCCUUUGAGAGCCUCACCACCCACAAACAGUCCUACCGGGGCCUGAAGGGGGAGCCAGCCAAGAGCUUGAAACCUCCAGCCAGGUCCUGUGGGCUAGACACACCUUUCUCUAAUACCACAGAGUUUCAAGAUAAGUUCCAGGCUUGGCCGACGCCCCAGGUGUUCUCCAAACCUCCUGUUCCCUACGCGCCUCCUGAAGAAAAGAUGGACCUUCUGACAACAGUGCAGUCCCAUUACACAUACCCUAAGGGUGCUCCAGCUCAGUCCUGCAGACCAGUGCUUUGUGUCAAGAAGGGUGGCCGCUUCGAAAGCUCCACCACCACCAAGGAUGAUUACAAGCAGUGGGCCAGCAUGCGCACAGAGCCAGUCAAGCCCGUUCCCCAACUGAACCGUCCCACUGAGCCCUUGGACUGCCUGACCACCACUAGGGCCCACUAUGUACCCCACCCACCCAUUAAUACCAAAAGCUGUAAGCCCUCCUGGUCUGGUCCCCGAGGAAAUAUCCCUGUGGAGGGCCAGACCACAUACACCAUCAGCUUUACUCCCAAGGAUAUAGGAAGGUGCCUGGCUUCAUACCCUGAGCCUCCUGGCUACAUCUUUGAAGAAACAGAUGCUUCAGGGCACAGGAUAUACAGGCCCAUUUCCCAGACAUGCUCUCGGCGGAACAGUCCUCUUUCUGCAGGUGAUUCGGAAAACCCCAAACAGCAGGAGUUGGCAGUGCUGGCCUGAUUUUUUAAAAAAAUUAUUUAGAAAUUGCACAAUACUUUUAA